AUGCUUUUGAAGUCAGGACUUUUCCUCACUUUGUGUCUGUUUACCCUCCAAGCUAGUCGAAUCAAAGACCUUCAUGACCACGGUUUUUCUGGACUCAGGGAUGUGAAGUACCGACACUUUCUAGAAGCCUCCAGACCGAUCAGACACACCACAAAUGUCAGAGCAGUGCAGGACAGACAUCGGACGAAGAGGUCGGCGCUCCUCACCACAGGGGUCAAAGUGUGUCCCCAAGAGACGAUGAAAGCAGUCAUCGGCAGCCAUCGGGCCUAUUACAAGCUCAGAGUUUGUCAGGAAGCGAUCUGGGAAGCGUUUCGGAUCUUCCUGGACAGAGUCCCAAACUCGGAGGAGUACAGAGCCUGGCUGUACACCUGCCAGCAUGAAAACCUCUGCAUGGACGACCUGGCCCAGAACUUCAGCAGCUCUCAGGAGCAUCUCGACAUGGUGGCCAGAAGAGUAGCUGAGCAUGCUGAAAUUGAUGGAGUCAUUGAAGAAACCACAGAGCCAGGAAGGGAUUGCACCUGGACACCCCCACUGAUUCUACUACCAACUGGGGCUGACCUGAUUGAGGAAAACCCCAACAUGAUAAAAGAGAACUAUGAGGAGUACAUUAUCGAGUUCAGAGUCACCAUCGUGGACCCGGAGUACAGCAAGCUGCUCAGGGACCCCGAGGCAGCACAGUAUGAUGACAUCACACAGGAGCUCACAGACAAGAUGCUUCAUGUGUUUGAAAAAGUUCCAGGAUUCAAAGAGAUUCGUAUUAUGGGAUUUCGCUCUGAGGACGUGUCUGUUCGUUACGCUGUGGUCUUUAAUGGAGAAACAGAGCUCAGUGAUGACCCUGAGGGUCUCGAGGAGCCCGAGAUAGACGAGGAUGUGAAUGCUCCUAAACUGAAGCAUAUCAUCGUGAAGGCCUUGAAACAGGAGCCGUCUCUACCGCUGGACAUAAAGACACUCAGCUUUGAGGCUGUAACCACAGUUUAUCCAGUUGCGGAGCUCGGCAUUAACCCUGCUGAGGAUGUUGUUUCUGAGGAAGACGCCACAGAGGCACCGACAGCAGACAAUACUCUCAUCCAAAAUUUCUUCCCUACUGUGCCGGUGAUAGAAAACUCUUUGGAAGCUUAUACACUCCAACCAGAAACACACACCUUUGUGCCUUUCAUCCCAAACAUCCUCCCAGAAAGCACUUCUGCCGCCGCUGAUGAGACUCCUGUAAUGUCAGCAGUAGAGGAGGAAUCUACAGAAGGUACUGCUGAGGAGCCCGCUGACAUUCUCACACCCAAACCAGAACUGGAAACUAUCACAGAGCAGGAAGAGGAAGCAGAGCCAGAGGUGGAAGAAAUACCCCAGACUGAGCCUGACGACGGAGGUGAGGCUGAACUGGAAGAACAGGUGACGGACGAACCUGAGCCAGCUGAUGGGGUCACUGAGGAAAAUCCAGAGCAACAAACUGAGGACCUUCCCUUAGCAACUCCGGACUCCCAGCCAGAGGAAGUAAUUACUGAUGCACCUGCUGGGAUUAACCUGGACCUGUCGGAGUCACCAGAGUUGCCAGAUUCAACAGAUCCAACAAUUGCUGAGUUAUCCAUCAUAGAAACAGCAGCCCCAGUCACUACACCAUCAUCUCAUGAGGAUGUCGUCCAAGGCAUUGAACCAGAAACAGAUGUGGAGCCUUUGCCCUCCCCUGCAGAGAGCGGCGAAGCCCCUGAGGAUGGUGAUGAGUCUAGUGGAGGGCAAAGUGGAGCGACCCCGGUCGCAAUAACCCUGCUUCCUGAGGAGUCAAACAUUCAAGAGGAUGCUGGGUCAAGUCUGAACGGGACCAGUGUGGAAAUGAUUGAACCUCUGGAAGAAGAGAGCGGUAGUGGAUUCCCCUCAGAGUCUGACGAACGUCCGUACGAAUCCACGGCAGCACCGGCCAUGAGACAAGCCAGCACCCCUCUGAUGACGGCAGUGGAUAAGGGCAAAGAGUUAGUGGUUUUCUUUAGCUUGAGGGUCACUAACAUGAUGUUUUCUGAUGACCUGUUCAACAAGAGCUCCCCAGAGUAUAAAUCACUGGAGAAUACCUUUCUUGAGCUGACACAGCACUCUGGGUCCAGAAACUCGCCAAACCCUGGAGCUUCCAGUAAAUCUGGGCCUGGGAGACAGAAGACUUUAGCCUCCAUACCGCUUCUGCCAUAUCUCCAAUCCAAUUUGACCGGAUUCAAGCAGCUUGAAAUUCUCAACUUCAGGAACGGCAGCGUUGUGGUCAACAGCAGGAUGAAACUGGACAAACCGGUACCCUAUAAUGUCACAGAAGCUGUUCACUGUGUCCUCGAAGACUUCUGCAACGCGGCAUCGAAACGGCUCGACAUCGAGAUUGACAGUCGCUCCUUGGAAGUGGAACCAGCUGACCAAGCAGACCCCUGUAAGUUCCUGGCUUGCAACGAGUUUUCACGCUGCGUGGUAAACAGUUGGACCGACGAGGCAGAGUGUUUGUGUGAUCCGGGCUACAGCACCGUGGACGGCCUGCCGUGUCAGAGCACCUGCGCUCUGCAGCCGGACUACUGCAUGAAUGGAGGCCUGUGUGAGAUAAUCCCAGGGCACGGAGCCACCUGCAGAUGUCCUUUAGGUAAAUACUGGCACUACCACGGAGAACGCUGCAACGAGCUGGUGUCGAUUCCAGUAGAUCCUCCGUUAAUUAUAACCUGCCUCGUGGGAAGCCUCUGCUUUGUUUGCGCCAUCAUCGGCAUUUUGAUAUUCAUUAACAAGAAAUGUAUUAAGACCAAAAAGGCUGUAACUUUGGUGCACACCCUUGCUCCCUAUGCCUUUGAGAAUACUUUGAGGGUGAACCCCGUAUUUGAAAAUGAUGAUGGUGUCUUAACUCAAGUGUCCACAUUGCCAUACCCUUCAAGUUCGGCUUCUUCCCAAUCCCAACAGUCUGAACAAGAGCAUUUCGCCUCAAUUGAAAACAUACAUCUGAGUAUUGAGAUCCCCAGACAACUCUACACAACAAGAUCAGAAAAGUUAGUCUCAGAAAUGGUGGACUUCCAUCACUGUAUACCACACAACGAGACGUGGCGACCACCAAAUGAAUACAGAACAUGCUGUCUUUUAAGGGCAUCAGAUAACGAAUGCUUUGAAGUAACGGUUGUUUGA